AUGGCUUCACCAGGUUUAUUUCUAUUAACAAUUGUACUCGGACUUUUAUUUAUAUUUUUGGGUCAUAUAAAAUUGUCACCACAAUUUUUCCCUGAACAUCAUGAACGCAUAAGAAAUGAAUUUGGAAAAUUCAAUAAAGAAUUUCCACUUCAUCGUCAAACUGGUUGGCGUCCCUAUGCAAAAAAUUAUCGUAUGGCAGUUGGCAUAGCCGAAGUACUUUGUGGAUCUUUAUUGCUUCUCAGUCUUGCACAAUCAUUAGCAAAUAUUAUUUUAUUGAUCAUAAUGACUAAUGCAAUAAUUACAUUUCAAAAAUUAAAUUAUUCUAUUGAAUAUACUGGUGUAUCGAUUUUCAUUUCAUUGUUGCUUGUAUUACGGCUUAUUUUAGCGUCGUCAGGAUCGAAACCUAAGCAAUCAGUUCAAGCCAAAGCGGAGAAGAAAGUUAAAUAA